CUGUUACUGUACUGCUAUUGUGAUUGACAUUGUUAUCAAACUCAGGUAUUUUAAUUCUCUGUUGUCAUUCUAUUUUCAAAGAGGUCAAAUGGUAGAAAGAUAAAUGUAUGCUGAGGUGGUUGUUGACAUAACUGAACUGUGUCUGAAAGUGGAUAACUCUAGAAAGCCAAAGGUCUAUAAAAUAGUGCCGUUAUAUCCAGGAAAUGCAAAAAUUACAUUUAGUCCAAGAACUGUGAGGUCUUCAAAUCUCAGCCCAUCAUCUAGAUUCAUUUCUUUACAUUAUGAAAAAUGAAGACUUCAAUAUUUAAAACAAAUUGUGAAGAAAUUGAAACAAGUUAAAAAGAUGUUCAUACAUUGUUACCAGAUAAUAUAAACUACACACAAAACAAUAUGUCAAAAAGACAAAUAUCUGUCAAGAAUAAUCUCCUAUGAUCUGAUGAUUAACAAGUAACAGUAACUAAAUCUGCACAAUGUAAUUGAUAAUAAAAAAAGUAAUUUAUUUUGGUGGACAAUCCAAGGUUAUGGUCUAAGAGAAUACAUAAAACUUAAGAUCAUAAUAUUACGAGAAUUAAACGUCAUUUUAGGCCAAGUGUCACUUUAUAAAAUGAAUAUCAGAAGAAUAAAAUGAGGCAUGUUGAGCAUCUUGCUCAGUUAUACUUUGGUAUAGCUUUCACAAAUGAAGAAAUAUUUAAUCUUUUGGCACAUCAGCAACACAUUAUCAGGAGAGAUCAAGUACAAGUAUCAGAUUGUGAAAGAAACUAUUCCGACUAAAGAACCACAGACCUGGAGGCAAUUGUCUCUUUUGUUGGGGCAAUGUUUUUUUCUCUCAAAACUAUAUGAUUUUUGCUCAUUAAAUUAUAAAUGUAUCCUUUUAAAAUUAUGUCUUUCUUCUCAAGUACAAUUUCAAAAACAUUAUUUUUCUAUACUAUAGCCUUAUUACUCGUACUAGAGUAGUUGCAAUUAUAUAUUGUUUUGCAGAAAUCCAUGUCAGAAAGUAUGCAAACGUAAUGUAAUUAAGAUAGUGUGCAUGAAAAAUACUGCACUUUUUGAAUUUCAAACUCUUUCAGAAUAAACUGCCUACAUAUUUACACCACAUUCAAACAACAAUGAAACUGGACAACCUGGCAGGAGACUGUAAACGAAGCAAUACAAAUAGAGGACAACAUUAACAGAACAAAGAGCUACCUGUCGUCUUUUCUCAGUUAUGACAUCCUGACCUGUUGCCAUGGUGACUUUGAACGUCUAACGUGUGGUUUUCCUGUUUCCUGUCUUGUUUUUCGGAGCACUAUCUUACAAAAGUGACAACACAUUAAAGUGCAUGCAGAGACGUGGCACAGUAACUUAAAGAAGUGUGGGCCCGCUGCCCGAGUUGGUCAGGCAGAGGGAGACCAAGUGGAUCAAUAUCAUUCUCCAGUGGGAUCGCAUGUUGUUGAAGAAGACCAGUAAGGUCAAAGUGCAGUGUCAAAAAGGCAUCCCUGCCUCACUGAGAGCGAAGUGCUGGCCACUGCUGUGUGCAGCCAGUGACAGGAUGAAACAAAAUGAAAACCUCUACGAGUCUCUGGACUCGCAGCCUGCUCUGCAGAGCUGGGUGGAUUUGAUUGAAAGAGACCUGGGUCGGCAGUUUCCCUUCCACGAAAUGUUCCUCUGCAAGGAUGGACAUGGGCAGCGUGGAUUGUUCCGGGUGCUGAAAGCCUACACCCAGUACCAACCAGAGGAGGGUUACUGUCAGGCACAGGGGCCUGUGGCUGCAGUGCUGCUUAUGAACAUGCCUGCUGAGGAGGCCUUCUGGUGUUUGGUGCAGAUCAGUGAGCAGUACCUGCCCGGGUACUACAGCCCUCUGCUGGAGGGAGUCUUGUUUGAUGCCGGCAUGCUGACCUGGGUCUUGAGAAAGACGUGUCCGGCUGCACACAAACACCUGCAGCACCACGGAGUGGAGCCGCUCAUGUUCGCCACUGACUGGCUGAUGUGUCUGUACACACGCCACCUGCCUUUCAACACUCUGCUCCGAGUCUGGGACCUGUUUUUCUGCUACGGAGUGCGGGUGCUGCUCCAGGUGGCGGUGGUGCUGGUGCGUCGGGUGCUGGGUCGUGCCGAGCAGAGGAAGCAGUGUCAGGGCCAGAUGGAGACUCUGGAGAGGCUGAGGGGCGUGAGGGAGCAGGUCCAAGAGGAAGACGACGUCUUUAUAGCAGAGGUGUGCUCGGUGCCGCUGUCGACCAGACGUCUGGAGAAACAGACAGAGAAGGAGCUGGAAAAGUGGAGAAAAGACAGACCCUCAUCCACGUUUGACCCCAGGGGUCGCUGCCAUGGUUACCAGGUGGCGUGGGCGUGGGCUCUGCAGAACAAGGAAGAACGCGACAGGAAAGAGCGAAAGACAGGGAACCUGUCAGUCCCUCUCGCUCGCUCUGCCUCCACCCUGUCGCUGUCCCCUUCGCUCUUUCACAAGAGGUUGAGGAAAGGGGGAAAGGUCAACACGGGUGACUGGGAAGGUGGUGUUAAAGUGGUGAGGCAUCUUUCAAUGGGAGCAAAGGAGGACUGGAGGAGCUGGAACGAGUUUAAUUUUAAGAGGGUGCAGGGUGUUCAGGAGGAAGAGGACGUAGAGGAACAUAAAAAGCAGAGUGAGCCGAAAUUAACGGGACAAACUAAAGAGAAAGAACCUUCGGAGGAACCUAAAAAGACUGACGAAGUCCAAACAAUACUGGCAGUGCACACCAAAGAAACAGAAAUAGUAAAAGAACAGAAUGACCAAGCUGAAACAGGGUCAGCUGAAAUGGAGGAAAGUCAACCCAAAGAGACAGAGGAUGACAAAAAGCUUUCAGAACAGAGAUUAGGAACAGACGAGGAGACCGAACAACACCAACGUCCAGUCAAAGAUCAGACGGUUGAAGAUAUUCCUCAGCCGACUGAUCAUACCUCUCAAAAAGAACAGGGAGAGGAAGUGGGCUCACAAGCCCUGGAACAGAGUCACAACGUCCAAGACAAAGAAACAGAGGUCAAAGACACAAAGGAGGAGACAGAAGAAGUUUCACAAAGUGAACAAUCAGAUGCCGUGGAGGUAAAUCUGAGCGAGAUACAGAAAGAUAUUGUUGCAAACACAUACACAGACAGAAAAAUGGUAGUAAAUAUUGAUGAUGAACAGGUGAUUCAGGCUGACAUGAAACCAGAGGAGGGGGCAGACGGUGAAAAUGAGCAACAGAUGCAUUUGGACACAGUCACCGAAGUCUCAGAAACAAGAACCAAGACAAGCUCGGAGACAGACGGCAGCGUCGAAGCAGCAGCUUUCACAGACCCAAGUCGAACAACAGAGACGGACACACAGGAAAAAGUGAUCACAGAGCCAGAGAAAACCUCACAGGUUGAAGUGAAAUAUCGGAGUACUGAGUCACUGACAGGAAAAGAAAUCAAAGAAGAGUUCAACGCCCAAACAGAGACAGAAACGGAAGAACAGGUGGAGGAAAAUGCUGCUACACAGGACGAAUUGGAGACUGAUAUAAUACAAACAGAUUCAGAACUUAAAGAUUUGAAGACAGAGACGAAACCAGAAGCAGAAACGUUAAUCCCGUCUUUACCUAAAGGCAUCCAACCACAAGAAGACACUGAGGAACAAAUACCAGUUAAUGACGACAACAACGCGAAGGAGCAAAGUGAAGUGUUUGCUCACUGUCCAGAGAAAGAGUGUGAUGAGGUAACAUCUGAACCCACACAGGAAAAAGGAGUCAUUUUGACUGUGCACUCAGAGCUCGUCAACGAUCAGAGACCAGCAGAGGAAACAGCAACUGAAACUCAGAUAAACGUGGAGGCCACUGACUCUGUCACAUCUACAGUGAAGGAGGAGACAUCACAGCAGGCCGAAGCAGAGAAUCUCAACGCCCAAAAAACGGGUUUGGUUGAAACGAGUACCUCUGAAGAACCUGUACCUGAAGAACCAACGAGCCAGGUCACCGUGGAGAAAGAAAUCCCAGAACAUGUUCAAGAGAGCACUGUGGGAGAGGAGGACGUCUUCCUUUCUGCUCCUGAUGUGACAGGGAACCCACAUACUGACAACAACCCAAAAAGCCAAAAUAUAGAAGAUUUUGCAUCCGAGUCGAUUAACGGGGGCUCGACACGAGCCUCUGGGCGCCGUAGUAGCCGCUCCUCUGGUGAUUUCUGUGUCCGCAAGUCGUCCGGCUCCCGUGGGUCCAGGUUGGCACGUAAGCUGUCCUCAGAACUAUUCACUGCCCCCCAGAAGACAAGCCAACAACCGCAAUCCAUCUCUAAUCACACGGAAGCCAAACACACUGAAUCGCAGUCCAAUCCUGGAGCUGUUUCAUCAGAGGGGACAGCGGCACAGAAGGAGCCGCCCGUCGCCUCGAAACGCUUUGGUCUCUUCCACAGACUGAGAGGAGGGCAGCCCAAAAAGGGCCAGGAAAAGGGGGCACAGAAAAUGCAAGUCCCCAAAAUCUUGAUUCAGGACUUCGGUGACGGAACAGGGACGGGGAGGCCGGUUGAGGUAGUAGAAUGCGAGGAGAAUCUCAGCUCCAGGGAGAGGAGGAGGAGGCGGAGGGAGGGAGAGAGGAGGGAGAAAGAGGAAGAGAGGUUGAGAAAGAAGAACGAGAAGGAGAUGGAGAAGGAGAGAGUGAGGAGGAAACCACAGACGAGGGGGAAAAGCUUUCAAGGGCAAAAGGAGAGAAGCAGCAAUGAUCCACCUCGACCUGCAAAGACUUGCACACAAACGCUUAGAUAUUCUCCUCCUUAUGCUGAAUCUUACUUUUGACAACUGUUUAUAUGUUAAUACCUGGAGGAAUCAGGGCUUGGCCACAUGGUUACGGUUAUAUCUCUUGAUUAGCCUCAGUAGUACGUCAUUCCAGAUCCCAUUGAAGCAGACAGACAUUCACCUCACCCUAAAUCUUUGUCAAACCUGAACCUUCUGACAUGUAAAUAAAUAAUAAAUAUAUACAUCCUUGGAAAAAUAA